AUGACUCAGAACACACAUAACUUAGAUCGAUCUGUACAACACCACUCUACCAUAGAGUUCCUUGACCAUCCUGCAGAUGUGAUGAUGCAUUGCACAAGCAUCAAUAUUGAAAGGCUCUAUGAAACAGCGAUCUGUGGAAUGAUGCAAUAUGCAAUCAGAGCAUCACCAACUCCAAUGUCUACAACUCACGGCAAAGUCACAUUAAAUGCACAGACACACGAGAUCAUGGUGGUGGAUCUUUUAUCACAGUUCAUAGACCUGUUGUAUGCAGAACAACUUGCUGCUGUGUCAGCACGAGUAUGCAUAUACAAUGAUUACCUUGUAUGCAAUUACACAGCAAUAGAUUCAGCAGAAUGUGAACCACUAUGUGAGAUCAAGGCAAUUACGCUAUGUGGGCUAAAAGUGUAUGAAAAGGAUAAUGUUUUUCACCUGUACUGCAUAUUUGAUGUGUGA